GGAGAUCAAGCAUUCUGAGGAGCGGCUGAGGGAAUUGGGAUUGUUUAGCCUGGAGAAGAGGAGGCUGAGUGGAGACCUGUAGCAAGGCAGGUGCUGAUCUCUUCUUCCAAGUGACAAAUGAAAGGACAAGAGGAAAUGGCUUCAGCUUGCACCAGCGGAGGUUUAGACUGGAUAUUAGGAAAAAUUUCUUAACUGAAAGAGCAGUCAAGCAUUGAAACGGGCUGCCUGGGGAAGUGGUGGAGUCACCAUCCCUGGAGGUGUACAAAAAACACAUAGAUGUGGCACUUUGUGACAUGGUUUAUUAGGCACGGUGAUGUUGAGCUGAUGGUUGGACUUGGUCUUAGAGAUCUUUUCCUACCUCAGUGAUUCUAUGACCUAAGUGGUGCAGAGGGCAGCAGAGAAAGGCAGAAGGUAGCCAAAGCAUCUGGGAAGAGGAUAGGAAGGACAGAAUCGGACACCUCUGCAGAAGAGGCAGUUGGGUGAGUGCAGAGCCUGAAGGCAUCACUCUGGGUUUCCCUGGGCUUCACCACCAGAGGAGUGGAGCGUGGCGAUGCUGAGAAGGACUGGCUGACGAAAUUUGGGUAUCUGCCUCCUCCGGAUCCCGUCACGGGACAACUGCAGACGCAAGAGGAGCUCACCAAGGCCAUCACUGCCAUGCAGAGGUUCGGGGGGCUCGAGACGACGGGGGUCCUAGAUGAAGCCACACUGGAGCUGAUGAAGACCCCUCGUUGCUCUCUGCCUGACUUUGCUGCCGCAGAGACCAGGAGGAAGCGAUUUGUGCAGGCAGUCACCAAGUGGAGCAAAAGGAACUUGUCUUGGAGAGUUCGCACCUUCCCAAAAGAGUCCCACCUGGGCCACGACACAGUCCGAGCCCUGAUGUACUACGCCCUGAAGGUCUGGAGUGACAUCACUCCGCUGAAUUUCCACGAAGUGGCAGGUAACAACGCCGACAUCCAGAUAGACUUCUCCAAGGCAGAUCACAAUGACGGCUAUCCCUUUGAUGGGCCUGGUGGGACAGUGGCACAUGCUUUCUUCCCUGGAGACCAUCACACAGCAGGAGACACUCAUUUUGACGAUGAUGAGUAUUGGACCUUCCGAUCAUCAGACGCUCAUGGGAUGGACCUAUUUGCUGUGGCUGUCCAUGAGUUUGGCCAUGCCAUUGGCCUGACCCACAUCUCUGCUAUAGAGUCUAUUAUGAGACCCUACUACCAGGGUCCAGUGGGGGAUCCUCUGAAGUAUGACCUUCCGUAUGAGGACAAAGUCAGAAUCUGGCAACUUUAUGGAGUCAGAGAAUCUGUGUCUCCCACAGCUAAACCUGAAGUCAGCAAAACUGAUGACCAUCCUAUUCUGCCAGAGCUGCCAGAGAACCGCUCCACUGUCUCCCUCAGGCGGGACGUGCCCAACAGAUGCAACACUCACUUCGAUGCGGUGGCCCAAAUCCGGGGAGAGGCUUUCUUCUUUAAAGGCAAGUACUUCUGGAGACUGACUCGCAAUAAGCACUUGGUCUCCCUCCAGCCGGCUCAGAUCCACCGUUUCUGGCGGGGCUUGCCGCUCAACCUGGACAGCCUGGACGCAGUCUAUGAGAGAACCAGCGACCACAAGAUCGUCUUCUUCAAAGGAGACAGGUACUGGGUCUUCAAAGACAAUAACGUGGAGGAAGGAUACCCACGGCCGAUCUCGGACUUUGGUCUGCCACUGGGAGGAAUUGAUGCUGCUUUCUCCUGGGCCCACAAUGACAAGACUUAUUUCUUCAAGGACAAUCUGUAUUGGCGCUACGACGACCACGAGCGGAGGAUGGAUCCUGGGUACCCUUCAGAGACCAUCCUGUGGAAGGGGAUACCGAGCCCUUUAGAUGAUGCCAUGAGGUGGUCAGAUGGUGCAAGUUACUUCUUCAGGGGCAAAGAGUACUGGAAAGUGCUGGAUAGUGACCUGGAGGCCCAGCCUGGCUAUCCCCAGUCCAUCGCCAGAGACUGGCUGGUGUGCAGCGACAUGCAGUCCGACUCCCCAGAGGCCGCCGGGAGCAGCAGGACUGGGGCACGCUCCAAACCAGGGCAGCACGAUGAGAGCCGCUCAGAGAAUGGCUAUGAAGUCUGCUCCUGCACCUCAGCCUCCCCGUCUCUCUGGGCUUGCCCUGUGCUCAGACUGUUCGCCAGCCUCGUGCUGACAAGCACAUGGACAGCAGCACUGAUGUGUGCAGCCCUAUGACAUCCCGUCCCUCAGAUGAGACAAUGCCACGGUGCUCCAGGGAGGGGAGAUGGAUACAAUCCCGUGAUGCUAACUGUCGCAGGCAAAAAAACAUUUCUAGAACAUGCUGGUGAAGGGUUUGCAUUCUCCAUGAGAAAUGGACAUUGGGGUUAGGUUUUUUUCUUUUAAAUUUUAGUUUAAAGGUCUAAUAAUAGAUUUUGAGUUCUUCACCUCCUUAUUCCCCCAUCCGGUUAAAGAUGAGAGCAGCCUAACACCGAAUUUAGAGAUGUUCCAUAGAGGUGUGUUGCUUUGGAUGUUUAAACACACCAAAGGGAGGGGAGAGCUCCUGUGAUUGAAUGGGAACAGGAGAGAUGCUGCUGAAGCCGAUGGCAGCAUCCCAGAGGGAAUGUAGCAAGGCAAUAG